AUGCAGACAAAUUUAAUCUGGGUUCAGGAACUAAUGCACGAAGGGGGCAGAAAAUGGAAUAGAAAGCUGGUGGAGAACAUAUUCACAGACAAAGAUGCAAACGCCAUUCUAAAUAUUGAAGGGUUGGAUCCCACACAAAAAUAUAGACUGACUUGGGAGUGGACAGCAGAUGGCAACUUCUCAGUAUCAUCUUCCUAUGCCAAGAGGGCUGAAAUCAUUUGGAAGCUAUCCCCAAUCACAUGGGAGGGAAUUCGGGCCUACAAAGACAAUUUCAAGCAGUGGUGGACUAAGGCUUGCUCGGUUAAUAACUCCCCUACCUCAGAAAGAAGGCUGCAGCUGUCCUCAUACAUCCUAUGGUGGAUGUGGAAGACCCGGAAUCUUUGA